UCAUCUCUUCCUACCUAUGAUUCUAUCGCUCUGCGUAAAAUCACAGACCUAUUUUCACGCGUUGUGUCCGAUCCAAAAGGGAAGAAAGAAUUUAGGGUUUUGCUCCCGACGAGCUUUUCCGUUGGAUGCACGAUUACCGUUGAUUUCUUCGAUUCGAUUCUCUCUACCGAGUAUUGAGUUACAGGUUAUUUUGGUCUUAGCGUGAUACAUUGCAAUUAUGAGUGCGUCAUGGGCAGAUGCUGCUGAAUCAGAGAAGGCGGUCUCUGGAUCUUCUAGUAACAAUUCUCAGCCAUCACGACCAGCCUAUGUUCCUCCGCAUCUGCGGAACAGGCAAUCGUCUACUGAACAGGUUGCUCCUGCACCAGGAAAUGAUCGUGGUGGUCCACCUGGCGGUUCUCGAUUUGCGGCUGGUUAUGGUGCUGGUGGUGGCGGUUACAGGCCAGAUGCAGGGCGUCCUGGAUAUGGUUACGGUGGACGAGGAGGUGGUGGUUGGAACAACAGAAGUGGAGGGUGGGACCGUAGGGAGCGUGAAGUUAAUCCAUUUGGUGACGAUGCUGAGUUAGAACAACCACCCUUUACUGAGCAGGAGAAUUCAGGCAUUAACUUUGAUGCCUAUGAGGAUAUUCCGGUCGAGACAAGCGGGGACAAUGUGCCUCCUCCCGUUAAUACCUUCGCUGAGAUAGACCUUGGGGAGGCACUAAACCUAAAUAUCCGGAGAUGCAAAUAUGUCAAGCCGACACCUGUUCAGCGUAAUGCAAUUCCAAUAUUGAUUACAGGGAGGGAUUUGAUGGCUUGUGCUCAGACCGGAUCUGGGAAGACAGCUGCCUUUUGUUUUCCAAUAAUUAGUGGAAUUAUAAAAGAACCAUAUGUGCAGAGACCACACGGUUCGCGUACAGUCCACCCUCUUGCAGUCAUCCUCUCACCAACAAGAGAAUUGGCAUGCCAGAUUCAUGAUGAAGCCAGAAAGUUCUCCUAUCAAACUGGUGUGAAGGUUGUUGUUGCCUAUGGAGGAACACCAAUUAACCAGCAGCUCCGAGAACUUGAGAGGGGAGUUGAUAUUCUUGUGGCUACUCCUGGAAGAUUGAAUGAUUUGCUUGAGAGAGCUAGAGUCUCGUUACAGAUGAUUAGAUUUUUAGCUCUGGAUGAGGCAGAUAGGAUGCUGGACAUGGGUUUUGAACCCCAAAUAAGAAAGAUUGUUGAACAGAUGGACAUGCCUCCACGCGGAGUUCGACAGACAAUGUUGUUCAGUGCUACUUUUCCAAGAGAGAUUCAGAGACUUGCGUCUGACUUCCUGUCAAACUAUAUAUUUCUGGCUGUUGGAAGGGUGGGUUCAAGUACCGAUUUGAUUGUCCAAAGAGUAGAGUUUGUUCAUGAAUCUGAUAAGAGAAGCCAUCUUAUGGACCUGCUUCAUGCACAGAGAGAGAAUGGCAUCCAAGACAAGCAUGCUCUGACACUAGUUUUCGUGGAGACAAAGAAAGGAGCGGACUCAUUGGAACAUUGGCUGUGCAUGAAUGGGUUUCCAGCAACCUCCAUUCAUGGUGAUAGAUCACAGCAGGAAAGAGAAGUGGCGCUGAGGUCAUUCAAGACGGGGAGGACACCCAUCUUGGUUGCAACGGACGUAGCAGCACGUGGCCUCGACAUUCCACACGUGGCUCACGUCGUGAACUUUGAUCUACCAAACGACAUAGAUGACUACGUCCACCGCAUAGGACGGACAGGGCGUGCAGGGAAGUCGGGAGUAGCGACCGCAUUCUUCAAUGACAACAACACAUCGCUUGCCAGGCCACUAGCAGAUCUGAUGCAAGAAGCAAACCAGGAGGUGCCCGAAUGGCUCACUCGCUAUGCAUCACGUGCUUCUUAUGGAGGUGGUAAGAACCGCCGGUCAGGUGGGCGGUUCGGUGGCCGUGACUUCAGAAGGGAAGGGUCUUUCAGUAGAGGCGGUGGCGACUACUACGGCGGUGGAGGAUAUGCUGGGGCUGCCCCAGGUGGCAGCAGCGGCGGCUACAGCCACGGCCCAGGAGUGACCAGUGCUUGGGAUUAGGCUCCUCCCAAAAUUUUCUCUUUUUAACCCUUCUUAUGUACUUCUCUUAUAUAUCUAUAUAUAUAUAAGGGAGUAUAUGUAUCGCCUUCUUCAGAUUUCAGAGGUGGGAUAUAAACUAAUAUUGGUGGUAGGUGGAAUCUUUUUUGGGUUUGAUUUCUAGGCUAUUUUUAGGACUGCCCCUCAAAAAUAGUCUCCUUCAGUCAAAGUGGUUCUUCCUUUGUUUGGUUUCUUCUAACAAAUUCAUUUGUUAGUUCGAAAUCUCAGGUUUUUUGUUUUUCAAUGAAACAAGACUUUCUAUGUGAAAUACCAAAUGUUGAAACUUUUUUU